UGCGGGGGACAGGGUGUUGUCAUUAUUUUGAUUAUCGGCCUACCAUAUUUGCUUGGAUGGGUUGUUUUUGGGUCUAUAUAGUUUUUAUUAUUUUACUCAAAAUAUUUUCCUUUACGUUAAGAUAGGGAUAAACUACAGCAAUGACAUCAAUAAUUAAUGGUCCAUGGCUCCAUGCAAUUCCAAAUACGGUACUGAAAUUAUCCAUAUUGACAUGCAUGACUGAAAUUAUCCAAUUUGAUUUUAUUUCAUAUUAGACAAUAGACUGCUUGCUAGAAAAAAAAAUAUACUCAACUAAAACGAGAAAUAAACCAGAAGAUGCUAACAUUUACAUACAAACAAGGUUAUGUUAAGACUUAAGAGAUUUUGUAGAUAGUUUAGUAAAAAAUAAGAGUCGCUAGCAAAAAAUAUAUAUUUUACAUAUAAGAAGGGAGAACUAGAUUGUAAGAUAAAAGAUAUGCGAUAAGAAUUUGAAUCAGUGUGAGUAAGUGUAUAACACAUGCCAUGAUUAGACAAAAUCUGAAUUGUUAAUAAGCAAAUGAUUGGUUUCAUUAGUUUAAAUUUCAAAACUAGUUGACAACAGAAGUACAUUUUAUUGUAUUGUAAGUAGAACCAGAUGAGUUAGUCCCCAGACUUAAGGAUGAUUGGUAUAGUAAAGACUUAAGUAAUGAUUAGAAAGUCAAAUCUUUAAUUAUUGUUAUGAAGAUUGAUAAAGGAAUAGAGACAGGGUUGCUCAACCCCCACUUGGUGUGUGAUGCUCUUAUUUUGGCAAUGUUCACAUCACACGACUUUAGUGUAUUACAGGCCCAUGUCACUUUAAGAUAAAGAUAACAUAUUCUAUACCAUACUUAUACUACUAUUAUAUUUCACAUGUAUUAGUAGUAGACACACCAUGAAUUAAUGGUAAUAAUGCAGAGGACUGUGCCACUGCCAUGUAACAGAGACAGGCGAUGUGUGGGUCAGUGAGAGGCAAUUUGGUUCAAUAAUAACAACCAUGACCCUCUAGGUCCCUUUCUCUUUAAGUUUCUUUCUAUAACCAUAUGGUACAUAUGCAGAAACACCAUCUUGUAUAAAAGCAUCAGUUACUUGAAUUGUAUUAAACCCAUAUGCUAUAAAAUAAUUAAUUAUUAGUUUGUAAGAGUUGGGAGAAGAAAAAAAAAUAGAGGAAAAGAAGGGAAAAAACAAAAACAGAGUAUAAAGAGAAGAGCUAAUGAUUCGAGCGACGAUAAAAGUUGAGUGUUCGAGAGAAGCGUCUCAGAGACUGUGAAAAUUCAUCAAAAUCCUCUCUUACAGUGCGUGCCACGAUUCGGUCCCCAUCUUCUCUCUCUCUCUCUCUCUCUCUCUCUCUCUCUCUCUAUGUAGUCUUCUUCUCCUCUAUUCUCUCGAUUCACACUCUGCAUUUGGAUUGAUGUCUCUUUAAUGCUUCGAGGAUCUCGUUUUCUCUCGUCGCCGCCAGCUUCGACUUCUUCAGUUUACCGUACCCCUCUGUUUUCACAGGAUCAAGUCUCUGUCUGUAAGGGAACCACCAUGCCUCUGUUUGAGCUUUUCCGGCUCGCCAACGCUAAUGUUGAAUAUGCUCAAGACGAGAACACUUCUCCACCCGUGGAUGAAGUUGUUGAGCUGGUUUGGGAAAACGGUCAGAUCUCAACUCAAAGCCAGUCGAGCAGAUCAAGAAACAUCCCACCACCACAAUCUAUUCAUCAAGCAAGAGCUAGAGAGAUCGGAACUGGCCCCAAGGCCACGAUGGUGGACGAGAUCCCAAUGUCAGUACCCUCACUAAUGACCGGUUUGAGCCAAGACGAUGACUUGGUUCCGUGGCUGAAUCCUCAUCAUCAAUCCCUUGAUGGAUAUUGCUCUGAUCUCUUGCAUGAUGUUUCUCCCGUUACCGUCAACGAGCAAGAGAGCGAUGCUUUCCCGAGAAGAAACAAUGGCGAUGAAUCAGCUCCGGCUGCUUCUUCAUCUCAGUUCAACGGUUUUGAUUCACAUUCUCUGUAUGGAACCGGUAGAGCUAAAGAUCCUGUUACUCAGAGACAGGAACCGUUAGUAACUAGUAACAAGCCUGGUUUGCUCAACUUUUCGCAUUUCUUACGCACGGCAGCUUUGGCUAAGACUAAUAAUGUCUCUAAAGAGAAGAGUCCUCAAAGCCCGCCGAAUGUGUUUCAGACCAGAGUUCUUGGAGCUAAAGACAAGGUUCUCAACGAGCCUAAGGAUAAUAACCAAAAGACUUGCUUAGUUUCAGAAGACUCAAAUAGAAAAGAGCAAGAGAGUGAAAAGGCUGUUGUGUGUUCUUCUGUUGGGUCUGGUAAUAGUCUCGAUGGACCUUCUGAAAGUCCUUUAAAAAGAAAGCGUUUGGAUGUUCAGGACAUUGAGUGUCAUAGUGAAGAUGUUGAGGGAGAAUCAGGAGAUGGAAGAAAAGAAACAGCUCCAUCUCGAACAGGCAUUGGUUCAAAGAGAAGCCGCUCGGCUGAAGUGCAUAAUCUGUCUGAAAGGAGACGGCGUGAUAGGAUUAACGAGAAGAUGCGUGCUCUUCAAGAACUCAUACCAAACUGCAACAAGGUGGACAAAGCUUCGAUGCUAGAUGAAGCAAUCGAGUAUCUAAAGUCACUUCAACUUCAAGUACAGUUCAUGUCAAUGGCGUCUGGUUACUACAUGCCACCGGUUAUGUUCCCACCGGGUAUGGGGCAUCAUUACCAAGCAGCAGCAAUGGCGAUGGGCAUGGGAAUGCCUUAUGCAAUGGGCUUGCCUGAUAUGAGCCGUGGAGGUCCCUCUGUUAACAACGGACCACAGUUCCAGGUUCCCGGGAUGCAACAACCAGUGGCCAUGGCUAUUCCACGUGUCUCUGCUGGUGGUUUCUUUGGUUCUUCAACGGCGGAGAUGAAUAAGAGUGAUGAUGGUUCGACUAGAGAUUUAUCUGGUGGUACUAAAGAUCAAACGACGACAAAGGACAACAAUAGCUUGAGACCGAUUAAGAGAAAACAGGCGUCUUCUGAUCAGUUUUGUGGAUCGUUAUGACAUAAGCACAAACUUACGCACUGAUGCAUUAAUUAUUAUCAAUAGCAUUCAAACAAAUCAAUUCUAAAACCCGCAAAUACAUAAAAUAAAUUUGUGUUCAUUACAUGAUAAAAAAGUGUUUUGGUGCUUCUGCUGUCUGUAAUUUGUGCUUGUUAAUUGUAACAUUAUUUUAAAAUGAAAAAUUUGAUGUUGGUAAUACUAUAUGUUUGUGAA